AUGCUCGACGCUGGGCAGCGUAUGGCCAAGUGGCUGGCCGGUGCUGACGCGGCGACCGCUCUCGCUGAUGCUAAGUACGGCAAUAUCAACGAAACUAGCCCAGUACGUGGGGAGCAGCACGUGGAGGAGAACGACGCGGAUGAAGAAGACGAGGAGGAAGACGACGAGGAGGACGAGACGACUGAGACUGCUGAGGUGGCCCCCGACGCUCCAUCGGUGUUGUUCGACUCCUUACUGCUGACGAUAAUCGUUCUCGUGAAGCCGUGGUCGUUCCGGAGCGUCCACGAGGGAUGGCUGGAAGUGGUGAAAAGACUACAAACACUUUAUCACUUUCGAACUGUGGAGGAGUGCCAAAUUCGGGUGAUUGUGCUGACGAAGCACGUUCGUGCUUGUACUCUUUCAUCCCUGGCCAGCCCCGCUGUAGAGUGCGAGCCGACACACGCACUGAUCACGGAGGUGAUGGCAGCUCAAGAAGCCCACGAAGACGCUGGCCGGCUCCGUGUUCAAAGACUGGAGGAACGGAUGGGCACUUUGGAGGCGCAGCGUCGCGAGGAUAGGCAGCGUAUCCAGAGUUUGGAAGUGAAGCUGGAGGACAAGCAGCGCCACGAUGCCCAGCGUCUCGAAGACAAGCAGGAAUUCGACAAGGAGGUGGCCAAUCUUCAUAAUCACAUACGCGAGAUGAAAGCGGCACACGAGGCUGAGAUUGUGAACUACGAGAGCGUUGCAAGCGAUAUGCUGAGCUCUAUCGACAAUCGACUUCACGACCGAUCUCCACCACUCCAGCAAAUGACACCGCCACCGAUAUCCCAGGAGGCCCUGCAAGCAUCGGCUCCGUCUGACUCGAGCAAGAGGCGUAAGAAGCCUCCGGCUCUGGGUUCCGGGGCUUUAGGCAAGAAGUCCAAGAACGAGUCGUUGAGAGAACGUCGUGCAGUCACGCGCAUUGUCCACGCGGCCACCACGCCAAUGUAA